GACAGCUGAGGCCACACACACACAGAGACACACACAGAGCCAGACAGAGAGCCAGAGAGAAUAUUAACAAUCGCAUUGCACUCGUUGCUAUUAUAACAGUCGAGAUUUAAACAAACCGUACCAUCGUCAAAAAAUAAUCAUCACAAUAAUACUCGUAUUGCAGAAGGAGUGCGCAUCGCUAACAAUUAGAUUGUUGUUGUUGUCGUUGUUGUGAAAUUGGUUGAUAAUCUCCGGGCGACUGAGGAGGGGCGGUGGGUCGUGCUGGGAGCGGAGACUGCCCGAAUACGAGCGAGAGCGUGAUGGCGAGCGGCGCGUCUCCCCCGCCCCCCGGCUCCGAGCUGCCCACGCCGCUGCAGGACAAGAUGGCCGCGUCGGCGCGCGAGACCAUCUACCUGUGCAACUUCCGCGUGUCGGUGGAUGGCGAGUGGCUCUGCCUGCGCGAGCUCAACGACAUCUCGCUGGCGCCCGACGGCGCCAGGACCCCCUCCGCCGCGGGGGCCGGGGGCACCGGCGCUGGGGGGGCCAUCACCGGGGCGACGGGGGGGACUGCCGGCGGCCCAGACCCAGAGGAGCCGAAUGCUUCGGGAUCGCGAUACCGCUACUGUGACGAGCCGCGCGACGCCGUGAGCCAGGAGCGCGUGAGCCUCAUGGACAUGGCUAAGCUGAGCAUCAAGGGGCUCAUCGAGUCGGCGCUCAACCUGGGCCGCAGCCUCGACUCGGACUACGCGCCCCUGCAGCAGUUCUUCGUCAUCAUGGAGCACUGCCUCAAGCACGGCCUCAAGGGUGAGGGCUGA